CCGGGGGGCCGCAGCGACGCCCCUGAGUGCGGCGCCGCGAUGCCGUGGUUCCCGGUGAAGAAGGUCCGCAAGCAGAUGAAGUUGCUGCUGCUGCUGCUGCUGCUCACCUGCGCCGCGUGGCUCACGUACGUGCAUCGGAGCCUGGUGCGCCCCGGACGCGCGCUGCUGCGCCAGCGGCUGGGCUACGGGCGAGAAGUUGAGAAGCUGACUGGUGUGACAGAUGGUCGGGGUGUCCCAGUGGUAUCAUCCACGCAGAGGGCAGAGGAUUCUAGCGAAAGUCAUGAGGACGAGCAGGUGCCUGAGGGGCGGGUCCCAAAUAUGCUGUUUCCUAGAGGGGCUAGAAAGCUACCCCCUCUGAACCUCACCCACCAGACACCCCCGUGGCAGGAGGAGUUCAAGGGGCAGGUGAACCUGCAUGUGUUUGAGGACUGGUGUGGAGGCGCUGUGGGCCACCUAAGAAGGAACCUGCACUUCCCGCUGUUUCCUCAUACUCGCACUACUGUAAAGAAGUUGGCUGUGUCCCCCAAGUGGAAGAACUAUGGACUCAGGAUUUUUGGCUUCAUCCACCCAGCCAGAGAUGGAGACAUCCAGUUCUCUGUGGCUUCUGAUGACAACUCUGAGUUCUGGCUGAGCUUGGAUGAGAGCCCAGCGGCCGCUCAGCUUGUGGCCUUUGUGGGCAAGACUGGCUCUGAGUGGACAGCACCUGGAGAAUUCACCAAGUUCAGCUCCCAGGUGUCAAAGCCCCGGCGGCUCAUGGCCUCCCGGAGGUACUACUUUGAACUGCUUCACAAGCAAGAUGACAAGGGCUCAGACCAUGUGGAAGUGGGUUGGCGAGCUUUCCUGCCUGGUCUGAAGUUCGAGGUCAUUGGCUCUGCUCACAUUUCCCUCUACACAGAUGAGUCAACUCUGAAGAUGGACCAUGUAGAUCAUGUACCUCAGUCUCCUGCCAGCCAUGUGGGGGGAUACCUGCCACAGGAGGAACCGAGUGCCGACAUGCUACGGCCGGACCCCAGGGACACCUUCUUCCUCACUCCUCGAAUGGAACCUUCAAGCCUGGAGAACGUACUGGAGCCCUGUGCCUAUGCGCCUACCUACAUCCUCAAGGAUUUUCCCAUUGCCAGAUACCAGGGACUACAAUUUGUGUACCUGUCCUUUGUUUAUCCCAAUGACCACACCCGACUCACUCACAUGGAGACAGACAAUAAAUGCUUCUAUCGUGAAUCCCCACUAUACCUGGAAAGGUUCGGGUUCUAUAAAUACAUGAAGAUGGACAAGGAAGAGGGAGAGGAAGAUGAGGAGGAAGUUCAGCGUAGGGCCUUCCUCUUCCUCAAUGCAGAUGACUUCCUGGAUGAUGAAGAUGAACAGGAACUGCUAGACAGUCUUGAGCCCACUGAUGCAUCCCUGAGGCAGAGCCACAAUACCCCAAUCACAGCAGCCUCCACUAAGACUGCAGCCACCCCCACUCCGCCUACAACCAGUCCCCUGAAGGAGCAGAUCCCCAGACACUCCAGGGCACUGAAUUGGGCCCCACGUCCAUUGCCCCUCUUCUUGGGUCGAGCGCCACCUCCCCGAACUGCAGAGAAAUCUUCCUCAAAGGUGUACGUGACCAGGGUGCGGCCUGGACAGCGGGCUUCCCCAAAGGCACUUCGAGACCCACCAUGGCCACCCUUCCCCGGUAUCUUCGUGCAUCCCAGACCACUGCCCAGAGUACAAUUACGGGCACCCCCACAUCCACCUCGGCCUCAGGGCCAUAGGACCAGUGGCUUCCAGGCCACAGAACUAAGACCCCUAGUCAGGGCACAGGCCACCCAGAAGGACCAGGCACGUGCACAGGGACUCACGGCACCAACGGUGGACUUGAACUCCUCUGCAGAAGCACAGCCUGUGACUUCUUUCCUGAGCCUAUCUCAGGUGUCCAGGCCACAGCUGCCUGGAGAGGGUGACGAAGGGGAGGACGAUGGGGCCCCUGGUGAUGAGGCUGCAUCAGAAGACAGUGAGGAAGAGGAGGAGGCCGCAGGCCGGCCGCCGGGCCGCUGGCAUGAAGGUGCCAUUGACUGGCAGCGUACAUUCAGUGUGGGCUCCGUGGACUUCGAGCUGCUGCGCUCUGACUGGAACGACCUGCGCUGCAACGUGUCUGGGAACCUGCAGCUGCCAGAGGCUGAGGCAGUGGACGUGGUGGCUCAGUACAUGGAACGGCUUAACGCACGCCACGGCGGGCGCUUUGCACUUCUGCGCAUCGUGAACGUGGAGAAGCGCCGAGAUUCUGCUCGCGGAAGCCGUUUCCUCCUGGAACUGGAGCUGCAAGAGCGCGGGGGCAGCCGCUUGCGCCUGUCAGAGUAUGUCUUCCUGCGACUGCCUGGAGCCCAUGUCGGGGAUGAAGACGGAGAGAGUCCUGAGCCCCCUCCAGCCUCCUCAGCCCACCCUGAUGGUCGUCCGGAACUCUGCCGGCCACUGCACCUGGCCUGGCACCAGGAUGUCAUGGUUCACUUCAUUGUGCCAGUGAAGAAUCAGGCGCGCUGGGUAGCACAGUUUCUGGCAGACAUGGCUGCACUGCAUGCACACACCGGGGACUCACACUUCAACAUCAUCUUAGUGGACUUCGAGAGUGAGGACAUGGACGUGAAGCAGGCCCUGAGCGUGGCACAGCUGCCCCGGUACCAAUACCUGAGACGAACAGGAAACUUUGAGCGUUCUGCAGGCCUGCAGGCUGGAGUGGAUGCAGUGGAGGACCCCAGCAGCAUCGUUUUCCUCUGUGACCUGCACAUCCACUUCCCACCCAAUAUCCUGGACAGCAUCCGCAAGCAUUGUGUGGAGGGCAAGCUGGCCUUCGCCCCUGUGGUCAUGCGUCUGGGCUGUGGAAGUUCACCACACAACCCACAUGGUUACUGGGAGGUGAAUGGAUUUGGCCUUUUUGGGAUCUACAAAUCGGACUUUGACCGAGUGGGAGGCAUGAACACUGAGGAGUUCCGAGACCAGUGGGGAGGCGAGGACUGGGAGCUUCUGGACAGGGUCCUGCAGGCAGGGCUAGAGGUGGAGAGGCUUCGACUGCGACACUUUUACCACCACUACCAUUCCAAGCGAGGCAUGUGGGCCAGACGCAGCCGCAAGGGCUCCCGUGCAGAGUGAGCCUGAAGUCCUGGAAGCCUUCCCAGCCACUGGGUCUUGAGGCAGCAGCUGAAAUCAGAAACUCAGAGCCUGAUCUAGGCUUUGCUGCCACCUGUGCUGGACCCCCAAAGCCUCUUCUGUGGCCCUAGAUAGGCAGCCUUCAUGGUGGGGUGGGAACCUUGGUCCCCAUACUCCCUGAUGAUUUCUGUGAAAUUUUCUGUAGAAAUGACAUUGUUUUCAGAAUUUACAAGAGUUCUGUCUGUUCUGUUUUUUAUUCAGAAUGAAAUGAAAUAUUUUUUUUAGUUCUGA